UAUUUCAUUGAAAGAGCAAAUAUUUGUGGCCAGCCAUUUUGAUUAGUAAUAUGGCGUCAGCCGACAUUAAUAUGGCGUCUUCGGACAUAAUAGCUGAAGUUGAAAUCCAGCCAGACAUUCAAGAAGUAGAAAUCGAAACAAUUCCCGUAGAAAUUCCGUGCGAGACAGUUGAAACGACAAUUGAAGGUGAUGAUGGACAACCGAUGAUAGCACUCCAGCCACUUCCAGAGCCUGGUCGGGAAGAAAUCAUUUUGCAGACACAGGAAGAAAUUGUCGGUGGUGAUCCUUUAAGCGUUUAUGACCAAAUACCCGUUCCUGAUAACGACAUUUAUGUUGAAUCAAGUCCCGGUCCCUCAAAAAAAGUUACUAAAAAGCCUAGGAAACAAGGUAACACAAGGUUUCGAGCUCCUGACCACGCUAUUUUCGGCGAUAUGGCAUCGGAAACUAAAACGAGAAAAUGGGAACAGAAACAAGUGCAAAUCAAGACUCUGGAAGGUGAAUUUUCAGUUACAAUGUGGGCAUCCGGUACAGACGAUGAUGAAGGUUCUAAUCCAGAGCCUGAUCCGGACUACACGGAAUAUAUGUCAGGGAAAAAUUCCAGUAAAUUCAAUCACUCGGGAAGUUCAGUGUCCGAUGGAAUGCCAGGUCUCGAUCUCUCUGAUCCAAAGCAGUUGGCCGAAUUCGCUCGUCCUGGUCAUAAAUUGAAAAUUCGCAAACAACAAAUGAUGGAUGGAGUUGAACGCACUAUUGCAUGUCCCCAUAAGGGAUGUACGAAAAUGUUUCGCGAUAAUAGUGCAAUGCGUAAGCAUUUACAUACACACGGACCGCGAGUUCAUGUUUGUGCAGAAUGUGGAAAAGCCUUUGUUGAGAGUUCUAAACUCAAAAGGCAUCAAUUGGUGCACACAGGGGAAAAGCCUUUUCAAUGCACAUUCGAAGGUUGUGGUAAAAGGUUCAGUUUAGACUUUAAUCUUCGAACACACGUUAGAAUACACACCGGAGAUAGGCCUUACGUUUGUCCAUUUGAUGGAUGUAGUAAAAAAUUCGCUCAAUCUACGAACCUGAAGUCACAUAUUUUAACCCACGCGAAAGCCAAAUCGCGCAACGCCAUUGGAAGACAGGUUCAACAAAUUCAACUUCAACAACCGCAAUUCGUCCAAGUGGAAGUUGCUGAUGUUGAUAAUCAGCAAUUUAUUGUUUACGCCGAUUAGCCUCUUUAAGUAUAAACCCAUUUCGUAAAUAUAUAUAUAUAUUUUUUUUGUUUUGUUAUAAAUUAUCAUAACUACUAAAAAAAAAAUACCCCUUAUCACAUUGUACAUAUUUUCAAAGAAACUGAUAAUGCCAGAAACAAAGUUUAAAAAAAAAUGUAAUAACAAUAUAUUUAAUUGGGCUAUAACUAUGUGUUUAGAGUCAAGAAUAGUAACAAAAUUAACGCAAGGAAUUUUGCGUGAAUUAAAAAUUCAGAUUAUUGGAAUUUAAAAGUGUAUUCUUUAUUUAUUUAUUAUUUUUUUUCUCCAAUUUGCAAAUUUCUUUUUUGCACAUCGCUCAAAUUUUUGUGUAAACAUUUUUUGUUGUUUUUUUCGUUCAUUAAAAUAUGUGCUUUUACGUGUUUAAUUUAAAAAGAAAAAAUGAAUAAAUAAUGAAAAAAAAACUGUAUAUAUUUACACGUGAAAUCAAAUAUUGUAUACAUACAACGUAUUUUGAAAGUUUCUCGGCGCGAUUUAAUAAUUGUAUUGUUUAAAUAUUAAUAUUCUUUCCAAUUUAUUAUAUAGAUUAACCUUUUAUUGUUUAAAUUAUCCUAGGCAUAAUAAUAUUAGUAGGUAUAUUCGCACACUUUUAUUUUUGUUUUUGUUUUUUUUUUUUUUGGUUUUUAAGAGAGAAAGGAAAACAUUUUAUAUUGUAUGUACAAGAAAAUAUCAAUUGAAAAAUGUUUUAUACCCGGAUUCAUUUAUUUUAAGUUAAUUUUCUCUUGAAAAUAUCAGAAUAAAGGAGAGAGCUUUGUCAUCGACUAAAUUGUUUGAAUUUUCUAUUUUUUUAGAUGAAAAAAAAAAUGAACGAAAUGUCAAAAAUUGUGUUUAUUAGUCGAAUGAAAUGGUACAAGUGUGCAUUGAGCUUUUUUCCUUUUCUUUUUUAAAUGAUUCAAAUAUCUUUUCCCAGUUCGCGUUGUUUGACAACAAUUCGCAAACAUUGAAAAGUGACACAAAUUUUUUUUCACGAUUCUUCUGUAUAUUUGUCACUUGUAUAUAUACUUUAAUAUUAAAACAAAAAAAUGAUUAAUGGCGAUCAUUUUUUUUUCUACAUGAAAAAAUGUAGUGAGACAUUUUUUUAGUUUUAUGAAUAAUAAGGUAUAAUUUAUCUUACCGACGAAUUAAAAAAGGAAAUUUCUGUAAUUAAUUCGAAAAAUUAAAAUUGUUUCAUAUCCAAAAUGCUCUCGUAUAAGAUUCUUUUUUUGUUCAUGAUUUUUUUUUCAUCUUAAUGAAUCAGUGAAUAACGAUCGAGCAUGUGAUCGCAAUAUUAAAAAUAAUUAUUUAAUCAUUUUCCAAUUGUAGAAAAAUAAAAACGUGAUGUUUUGUAA